UGUCUGAACACCACAAGUAAAGGGAAAGAGACAAAAUAACAGGAUGAACUGAGGUUUAAUGUUAUCUGGCUACCCUAUCACCAGGAAGUGAUGUCAUCGAGUGGAGUAAGAGUUUGGGACAGGAGUGGGAUGUGGAUGCACUGGUUCGCUGUUGCUUACCUACUCAUGGCUGUGCCGUGCAUGGGCUUCCUCCCCAACUUCUGGUCCCGAGUAUUAACUCUGUCUUGGGGCUCACACACACAUCAGCACAUCACAGAGCAGGCCAUUCUCAAUGUCACCCUGGAGACUUUGAUGGCCAGUAACAAACAGCAGCACAACCUCACACAGGAACAGACCGGGCUGGGUCGUGGCUUCUGGCGAGCCGUGGGGGAAGUGGUCAAGUCCAAUGCAGCCAUGGACUUCUUGAGCUCUACCAGGUCUGACCCGGUCUACCACUUUGAUUCAGAGCGUGUGGACAGCGCCAUGGUGAUGCUGAGGCAGUUCUGGGCCCAGACUCUGCUUUCAGUUCGAGCCAAAGAGUACCAAACUGCCCGCCAAAGCUUGGGCCAGCUGUUUCACUCUCUGCAGGACUUUUACAGCCACAGUAACUGGGUGGAGAUGGGCCAGCAUACCAUCUACCUUCACCUGCUGCAGCCUGAAGAGCCAGCCCUCCCUGUGGCUAAAGAUGACACUCCCACCUGUAUGGAGUGUUUCAGCGCCACCUGUCGAGACAAUCUCCUGCCGAGACUGGCCCACAGACAGCAGCACUCCCCGCUGCUCACCACCGGUUACUUCAGCACCGUGCCCUCCAAACCAGAGGGCAAAUGUAGUCAUGGGGGUAUUCUGGACAGCAGCCGCCAUAAGGGCGCCAAAGGGGGCAUCAACAAGGACAGCACCUCGCCACUUUUCUCUCCUCACCAUUACCUCCACGUGGAAGCUGCCAACCUGGCAACGGAGGCCACCCUGUCUGUCCUGAGAGACCUUCGAGACACCGUGGGCCACACAAGCUUCCUCAAGCUCUUCAGUGUGAAGCAGGCUCCCGCGCUGGUGUUUGUCAUGGACACUACAGGUAGCAUGUUUGAGGAGAUCACUGCUGCUCGUCGCCGGGCCUUCUCCAUCAUCCAGAACCGUGCUGAGACCCCCGGGCAGCCUCGCACCUUCCUGCUCGUGCCCUUCCAUGACCCAGACGUAGGACCAGUGUAUGAGACAGAUGACCCGGACCAGUUCAUGUCCUACAUGGAGGACCUGAUGGCUCUGGGAGGAGGAGACGAGCCCGAGAUGUGCCUCUCUGCCAUCCAGCUGGCGCUCACGCACAGCCCACCGCUGUCAGAGAUCUUUGUAUUCACUGAUGCUUCCCCCAAAGACGCCCACUUGUUCAGUGCAGUGAAGGCUCUCACACUGGAGAAACAAUGCAAGGUGACUUUUCUCCUAACUGAGGACCCCAGUCAGACAAUGAAAAGUCGAGGGAAGAGGAGGAAAAGGCGCUCAGAGCCUCUGUCCCCUGACCGUUUUUCCCUGUACUCCUCCCUGUCCUCUGUGUCGGGGGGUCUGACAGUAUUCACCACUAACUCUGACAUCCACAGGGUCUCUACCAUAGUGGAGGAUAACACAGCUGCUAACAAGGUGACCCUCCUCCAUGUGGAGAGUGAGGAUGAUCUGAUGUCAUCUCAUUCCUUCAGAGUUGACAGCUCGGUCAAGACCGUCACCCUCCACGUCACUGGCAACCUGAUCGACUGCAGCCUCACUGAUCCUUCAGGCCGUAGCCAGUCUCUGCUGAGUGAGCACGGUCCUCUGGCAGAACUGGAGCACUUUAAAGGUCUGUACCGCAUUAGCCUGCUCUCUCCGAUACAGCCGGGCCAAUGGGACCUCCAAGCCAGGACAGAUGGCCACUUCACAUUCAAUAUUAUAGGUGACAGCAAUGUGGACUUCCUGUAUUACUUUGCCACUGUAGCCAAUGAGACACACCCAGGUUUGGCCAGAGUGGAUGGCAGUCCAAUAGCAGGUAUCCCUAUCUUUCUGGUGCUGGCUGUUACGGGCCUAGCUCCCAAUCAGGAUGCCUCUUUCAGUCAUGCGACACUGUUGGGAGCCAAUGGGGAGAGCCUUCAGCAGGUGUGGCUCAACUCAUCGUCUUCUUCAUCUUCGUACUCUGGAGAGGAGCUGGUAGGUUGGGUGGAGUCCGUUCCCCGAGUUCCCUUCUGUAUCCGCCUCUCAGGACGAGACAGCAGAGGAAACAAGCUGGAGAGGGUUUCCACGGAGAUGAUACAGCCCACUCACGUUCAGAUACAGGUGCUGUCUGUCCCGCGCCUGGUUCCUGGUCACAGCGCCAUGGUGCACUUUGAUGUCCUGAACCACGGCCCGGCCCGACUCUUUAAUCUGACGGCUGAUGAUGACUCCGGAUAUCUUCAUCAGAGAGGACCUCACAGCUUCCCUGUCGCAGAACGAGGGUCUCUGCGUGGUCAGGUGGACCUCCACACACCUGCCACGGCCGAGGCAGGACAGACUGUCACCCUGACACUCACCGUACGCGCUCUUGAUUCCCCAGACUCAAAUUAUGCAGUGGCUUACCUGACAGUUUUCCCUCCGGACCCUGACAUUUCCCCUCCCUCAUGCUCCACAACACAAGUACAGCGGCCCUGCCCUGCCCAGUGCACCAACUCCACAUGGAGUGUAUCACUGGCCGUGUCAGACAGGGGGCGCUCUGGCCUUGCUGCCCUGCAGCUGCAUCAGGGUGGGGGCGUUCUCACUCUGUUCCACAGCCCCCCAACAACAGGGGACAGCCUGGAAGAGGCCCAGCUCCAGGCAGACCAAAACAGGACAGGCCACGGGAGCCAUCACCGCCCCCACUCCCACCCCCACCACAGAGCCCGAUUAAAGAAAGGAGACCCUCCUAUGAACGUGUCUGAGUGGGUGGCAGGCUCAUCUCAGCCCUUGUGGGGAAGGUACACGUCCAGCUGCUGUGCUCCUCAGGCAGAGCUGCUGGUGUGGGACGGGGCAGGGAACAUGAGGCGCUGCCAUCUAAGCUCCAGCCAGCAGAGGCAGAAAAAGGAGAGAAGCACAGAAACCAGUGGAGCUGGAACAAUGACACACACAAGCUUUUUACCCCCUUGCAUUGGGCUUAUUAUUGUCAGUAUGACUACAAAGGUGUUUUGCUGGUCAAACUAAUCUGUGUGUUGACUACUGGAUUCCAGCACGCUCAGCGUCAGAUGAGCUAAACAACGGACAUAUCAUGGCUAAUAUUGUGCUCAAAGACAUACCGUGUGCCAAGCAUACAGCUGUUUUUUUAAUCAAAAUGAUUAUCUGGAUAGUUAUGGACUCCGAGGGAAACUUCACCCACCUGUUCCAUGAGACAGGUGUAUAGGACCUGCCUUUCAAAAAGACUCACGCACAUUGUUGAACUUGCAAUAAUAAAUUUGCUUUGCAAUGUUUUGGCACUAGUCCUUGAUCAGGGAAGUUAUGGACACAUCAUGGACAAAAUUUUAAGAGCAAAUAAUCAUGCAUUUAAUGCACAAGAAAUUGUCUUAAUGAUAUUUUUUUACAUCAAUAGUUGCUGUAACAAAUCAUCAUAAUGUUAAUAAAUGUUUGGUUGCUGUACCAAGUAUAUAUGCUGCAUUUUGAAACAGUUUCAUGCCAGGACAGUUUUGUAUACCAGUAAUUGGUAUCAAUUUGAUAUUGUGCUGUUACAUCAAAAUGAAGGACCUGCUGCACAGCGUACAUUACCCACACACCCACACUCAGUCAGAACCUCUUCAUAAGAUCUUCCUCACAUACAGACUACUGAUUGCUCAUGCG